AUGGUUUGCAGUGCAAGUGAUGAGGAAAUCAAAAAUUUCUAUUCAACUCUGUCAAAAGACAUAAGGGAAGCAAAUAAUGGAGUGCAGACAAGAAUAGCAAACGCAUUUUUCUUAAAUAAAAACUAUACUAUCGAAGAGCAAUAUGCUGAUACCAUCUCCAAAGAAUACUCUGCCAAAGUGGAUUCUUUAGAUUUUGAUCAAAUUGAGGAGACCGCCAAGACCAUAAACGAUUUUGUGGGUAAUGCAACAGUCGGAAAGAUAAAGAAUCUUAUCACAGAGGAAAUGGUAAAAGGCAAGGCAAUUCUUAAUAAAGCGUUCUCCCUGGUAGUUAAUGCCAUCUAUUUCACAGCGAAAUGGGAGUUCGAAUUUUCUAAAGAGCUGACUGCAAAGGCAAUGUUUCAUAGCUCUGAAAACCAGGAAAAGGAGGUGAGAACACUUUUAUUUUUUGUUACCCAUUAGAA